CUCUGAGCAAAGCCCUCAGUGAAACUCUAAGGCUCUGCCCAGGAAACCAGUCUUCUUGUGAAUGUGAUACACUCUCUCCAGUUUCCAUAUGCUGAGGUUAUACUUCUUCAUCAGUUUGAUGUGCUUGGUCAAAUCAGACACAGAUGAAACAUGUCCUUCAUUCACCAGACUGAGCUUUCACAGUGCAGUGGUUGGUACAGGACUAAAUGUGAAGCUGAUGCUCUACACAAGAAGAAACUGGACCUGUGCACAAGUCAUCAACUCCACAGUUUUGGGAAACUUGAAUGUGACCAAGAAAACCACCUUCAUUGUCCAUGGAUUCAGGCCUACAGGCUCUGCUCCAGUUUGGAUGGAGGACUUAGUACAGGGUUUGCUCUAUGUAGAAGACAUGAAUGUGGUUGUUGUUGAUUGGAAUCGAGGAGCUACAACUGUAAUAUACAACCAUGCCUCUAGUAAGACCAAAAAAGUAGCAAUAGUCUUGAAGGGAUUUAUCGACCAGAUGUUGGUACAAGGAGCUUCUCUUGACGACAUUUAUAUGAUUGGAGUAAGUCUAGGAGCCCACAUAGCCGGGUUUGUUGGAAAGAUGUACAAUGGGCAGCUGGGGAGAAUUACAGGUCUCGACCCUGCGGGCCCUUUAUUCAAUGGGAGACCUCCUGAGGACAGAUUAGAUCCUGGUGAUGCACAGUUCGUUGACGUCAUCCAUUCCGACAUUGAUGCACUGGGCUACAAGGAGCCAUUAGGAAACAUAGACUUCUACCCAAAUGGAGGAUUGGAUCAACCCGGUUGUCCCAAAACAAUAUUGGGAGGAUUGCGAUAUUUUAAGUGUGACCACCAGAGGUCCGUGUACCUGUACCUUUCUUCUCUGAGAGAGAACUGUUCUAUCACCGCGUAUCCCUGUGACUCCUACCGGGAUUAUAGAAACGGCAAGUGUGUCAACUGUGGCAUACCACAAAAGGAGUCCUGUCCCCUCCUGGGCUAUUAUGCUGAUAAUUGGAAAGAGUAUUUAAAGCAGAAAGACCCUCCUAUGACUAAAGCGUUCUUUGACACAGCCAAGGAGGAACCGUACUGCAUAUAUCAUUACUUUGUGGAUAUUAUAACUUGGAACAAGAACAUAAGAAGAGGGUCCAUUACAAUCAAAUUGAGCGACAGAGCUGGGAACAUCACAGAAUCCAGAAUCAAUCAUGAACCUGCAGUAUUUCAGAAAUACCACCAAGUGAGUCUGCUUGCAAGAUUUAAUCAAGACUUGGAUAAAGUGGCGACCAUUUCCUUGGUGUUCUCUACCGGAUCUGUUAUAGGCCCCAAGUACAAGCUCAGGAUUCUCCGCAUGAAGUUAAGGUCACUUGCCCAUCCAGAGAGGCCCCAGUUGUGUCGGUAUGAUCUUGUGCUGAUGGAAAACAUUGAGACGGUCUUCCAACCCAUCCCGUGCCCCAAGCUGCUGAUGUAACUGUUGUUGGGACACACGGGCACCAGUAACAUCAAGAAAGCGACAACUGUAGGCUUUUUUUAAAGUGUCACCUCACCUUUUCCUCAAGGCACAAAAAAGUAUGGGUGUCUUUUCCAGCAGCGUCCCAUGGAUGUCACAUUGCAAAAUGUCAAACGACCUUGGAUUAUGGAACGGUCCUGGGAAGGGAGCCCCUAAGUAGGGCAAGUCAGAAAUAGCCAGGCUCCCAACAGCCCAGCACCUUGUCUGGCUGCCUCCUGGGGCCUCUGUGUCCCGGCCUUUCGGCUGUGCUGCCAGUCACUCGGGCAGCUCUGCUCAGCGCUGUGGCCGGUCAAGCGCCUGAAAGGGAAGGACUGGCUGGAGACCCCACUUUGGACUCGACCCCGCACUCCCUGUGCCACACUCCUCCAGGUCCUUGCACACAGAAAGGGAUGGAGCCUGACCUACCUCACAGGGCUGUCGUGUGGGUUUGGGGGCCAGUCUGUGAAGGGUUCUUGGAAAUCCCGGUGCCACAUCCGUGAGUGGUUUGAUAAAUGUGAAUACGCUUUUAUUUAUUUUGAUAUGGCUGACCUAAUAUACAAUAAGAGAGCUUCUCCUCCUCAACAGCAGCCUGUCUCUUGAGCUGUUUGCUCUGGGAAGACAGGAAAGCCACACCCUGCCUUCUCUAAAGUGGGUUCGUGCGCGGAGGCAGUGAGGACACAGGGACAGCAAUGGGGGUGGGGGCAGCUGCUGGGACUAGACAGUAAGUGCCCGAGGGAAGAAAGGCAGACGAAGUGGUAGGAAAGGCCUGCUCACAGUGACAGUGGAUGAGGCGAGAGGUAAGAGAGAAAAAGCUUGGUUUUCACUUGAGGUGAAGAAGGGUCACUUUCCAGGCAACGCUCAUUUUAAGCAGUCCUUCAGAAAUGUUCAUUUCUCCUUGUUACUGAUGCAAUCCAUGCUUAUUUGAAGGAAAUUUAUUGAAGGAAAUUUAUAGAGAAUACAUAGAUGCAAAGUGAACAUAUGCUAUCUACGAUCCACCUGUUGGAGGUCAUGAACGCUAACCUUCUGGAAUGAUGCUAAAUAACUUGCGUUGCUAACAUGUGAAUUCAAAGCAUACACCGGUGUGCUCCAGUUUGAAAAAUCCUUGGGCUGCCCCAGGAGUGGGUAUGCUCCGUGCAUCUGGAGUGACAACAGCUGCUCGGUCAAGAGGCCCUGGAGGGCCAAGGCCAGAGAGGCCAGAACCAGGGGAGGACCAUCCCUGGGGACCUGAUGCCCGGUGCAGGCACAGACCCAAAGCGGGGGGUACCACCCAUCCCGCAGCUGUGGCCACUGCAGGAAGGUUCCUGAGAUUCCAGAGUGUCACAGGCCCAUACCCUCCUCCUCAUCCAAGUGAUUGUUCUUCUGCUUUCCGUGAGAACAGCCCUUUUAAAAGAAAUGGAGUCUUUAUUUGAUAAACUAUAGAACUCUAUACAUACAUUCCUGUGUGGCACAUCUUGUACAGGUUUCUAUAUGUAUCGCGUGGAGCCUGAGCUGGGGAAGGCAGGCGGCUCAGAGAUGCUCCUGCCCACUUGGCUAUCUUCUCGCCCUUCCUCCCUCUUGCACAUUUCUCCAGCAGUUAUGCGCAGAGAGAUGAGUGUGCUGAUAGGCCCUGAUUUCUUUUUAGAGUUUUACUGAUCCUGUAUUUUUUUUUAAGAUUUUAUUUAUUUGGGAGAGAGAGACAGCGAGGGAGCAAGAGAGAGA